UUGUUUGUUUUUGUUUUUGUUUUUUGUUUUUUCUCUUCUGAGAGUCAGAGCCCUCCACUCUUACAUUUGAAGUUCAGCUUAUUCCCAAUCUAAUUGACACACUCAGCCCCCUACUUCGGUUGAAAGUCCAGGCCUUGUGCCCUGCCCCUCAGGCGCCCCCCCUCCCCUGCACGGACAGGUCUGUCUGACUCUUUGAAGCUCGCUUGAGCCCCAACCCCUCCCAGCAUCAUGAUGUGGUCUAACUUCUUCAUGCAAGAGGAAGACCGCCGUAGGGCAGCUGUGGGCCGGCGUCGUGCCCAGGGACAACAGAACCUCGGCUUGACUCCGGAGCGUGAGGGCAAGAUCAAGCUGGUGUUGCUGCUGGCUGCCGUGGGUGCCACCCUGGCUGUGCUGUCGGUGGGCACCGAGUUCUGGGUGGAACUCAAUACGUACAAGACCAACGGCAGCGCCGUCUGUGAGGCUGCCCAUUUGGGGCUAUGGAAGGUGUGCGUCAAGCGACUGUGGCAGGCGGACGUGCCUGCGGGCAGGGAGACCUGUGGCCCAGCUGAGCUGCCAGGAGAAGCAAACUGCACCUACUUCAAAUUCUUUACCACGGGGGAGAAUACACGCAUCUUCCAGCGAACUACCAAGAAAGAGGUAAACCUGGCAGCUGCUGUGAUAGCUGUGCUGGGCCUGACAGCCAUGGCCUUGGGCUGCCUCUGUGUCAUCAUGGUGCUCAGUAAAGGUGCAGAGUUCCUGCUCCGCUUGGGAGCUGUCUGCUUUGGCCUCUCAGGCCUGCUGCUCUUCGUCAGCCUGGAAGUGUUCCGGCAUUCCGUCAGAGCCCUGCUCCGGGGAGUCAGCCCCGAGACUCCUCCAGCGCCACGUCUGGCUUAUGAGUACUCCUGGUCCCUGGGCUGUGGUGUGGGCGCUGGUCUAAUCCUGCUGCUGGGGGGAGGCUGUUUCCUGCUACUCACCCUGCCUUCCUGGCCAUGGGGGUCACUGUGCCCCAAGCGGGGUGGGCGGACGGCCUAGAGACUGCUUUCUGCAGGCAUCUGCCAAGCCUGCCUGAGUUUCCAGCUUUCUCCUGAAGACUUUUCACCUCUCUUCAGAAACUGUUCUUCCCAAGUUGGGGGCCCCAUGUCACAAAAAGUCUUGGUCCCUCAUCUUCUCCUUGUAAAUGACGCUUUUGCGGGUGUGGGAGAUGCUCAGUAGGUAAAGUGCUUGCUGAGCAAGCAUGGGGGCUUGAGUUUGGGCCCUCAGAACCCACUUUAAAAGCCAGCACAGGGGUUCAUGUCUAUAAUCGCAGUGUUGGGAGGCAGACAGUGGAGGAACCCAGGGGCCCAAUGGCCAG